GUGCAUGCCAGUAAUCCCAGCACUCAGGGCAGAGGGUGAGAAAGAUUGCUUGCUGUACGUUGGAGGUUUGGCCUGGUCUACACAGCAAGUUCCAAGCCAUCCAGGGGUACAUAGUGAGAUUCUGACUCAAGCAAACUUGUAAGGGGAAAAAAAAUCCCAACUCAGCAACAAAAGCAAACACCACACUAAAGAAUAGCAUCAGAUCUCUGGUCAGCAACCCUUGGAGACUGAGCAAUACACCUCUGGGGGAACAAUGAGUCAUUGAAGAAAUCAAGGAGAAAAUUUUAAAUUCCCACUGCCUGGGUGGAGGAUAUGGCUCAGUGAGUAAAGUGGUGGCUGUGCAAGCACAGGGACCUGAGUUCAAAUCCCCAGCACCCAGAUAAAAGCUGAGCACGGCAACUUCACCUGUAACCCCAGCAGUGGCAGAGGUGUGCAGGAACAAACAGGUGGAUACCUGGGGCCUGUUGGCCACCCAGUUUAUCUGAAAUAGCGGGCUCCAUGUUCAGUGAGAGACCCUGUCUCAAAAAAUGAGAUGGAGAGCAACCGAAGACACCUGGCCAAAGUGUUGAGGUGACCACAGCAACCCUAGUGGACUUCGACCAAUGAGGGGUCGUUAGGAUACUUGCAGCCAGACGCAGAGGGGGCCCUUGGGAUCAGCCUGGAGGCCCAGAGCCCAGCAGGCCAGCAGAGAGCAGCCAGGUGGAGCAGAACCAGCCUGUGAGGUCGCACUCCGAGGCCAGCAUGCCCAGGACCAGACAGGGCAGCCGUCGAGGGUCGUCGUCGUCGUCGUUGUCGUCUCGCCGCUCCCGCACCUCCAGAGCCGAGCUGACCUUCUCUGUGAGCCUGGUGGAACACCAUCUUCGGGAGAGCGGCCAUGCCCGGCGGCUGAGCGAAACGGUGCCCAUCUUGCUGACUGCCAUCCUGGAGUUCCUGACCCGCAGGCUGCUGGAGCUGGCAGGCAAUGAGGCCCAACGCCGAGGCGCACAGAGGCUCAUCACCCCGGAGCUGCUGGACGUGACUGUCUACAAUAACACGCUGCUCAGCGAACUGUUCCAAUUCGCCACCAUCUCCCAGGUGGCCCCGGCUGGUCGCCCCCGUCAUGGGCGUCGACGUCAACGCUAGCUACUACCUGCUGCUGUUGCUGCUGCUGGCUGGCUCUGGGUUGCUGACCCGCCCAUCCGCCCCAAUCUAUCCACCGAGCAUCAGUUCAUCCCGCCCAAACUUUGCCACAGACAGCCCUGCGAGGCUGGUCAGCCUCGUCCUUUCCUUCUCCCUGUUGUGCUCUUAUUAAAGCUUUAGUUCGAGAACCCCA